AUGACAGCUGUGACAGGGGUACAUCCAACGCUUGUGGAUUGGGUGCGUUGCAAGCUGCAGUGCAUGCGCGCAGCGCCAAGGAGAGAUCUCAGGACACGAAGUUGUCCAACGGGGAGGAGCGAUCCAUUACAAGCUCCGUCUAUGAUGAAACAGAGACCCAUCAGAAGUCGAACGUUUCGUUUCUCUCGUCCUCCGGUAGCUCGAAAGAUGCAAAAAACAGCGAAGCUUUGCAGGCGAUCGAGCCUCUCGGCUGAGGGCGGUUCAGAGUCACACAUGUCGAACCCUUGCGUUCCCCUCCUGCUGACAACGCUCAGGCAUUUGGUUUUCAAGGACUGGAUAGUAGUAUAA